GUUUAUGUCUGUCUUCUUGUUGUUUGUUUUCUAUUUGUCUUAUCUGUUCUUUGUGUCCUUUUUCCUAUUAUUCUACCUUAUUUUGGAUUGAACAUUAUGCUUCCAUUUUUUCCUCCUUUGUUGACUUUUUAGUUGUAACUCCUUCUCUCCCUUUGUUUUAUGGCUAUUUUAGGGUUUAAGUAUAUAUCUUUAAUUUAUCACAGUCUAUCUCCAAAUGAAUUAUGCCAUAUCACUUAUAGGAUGCUUACAGUUAAUUAUAGAAUACACUUUUCAAUAAUAUACUUCCAUGUCUCUCCUCACAACCGUUAUGCUAUUGUUGUCAUACAUUUUACUUACAUAUAGGCCACAAAACCCACAAUAAAUGAUUACUAUUGUUGUUUAAAUAUUUAUCUUUUAAAAAGAUUCAAAUUAUAAAAAAAACCCAACACCUCUAUUGUUAUUAUUUCUAGUGUUCUUCAUUCCAGGUGUACAUCUAUAUUUCCAGAAAUAUGGAGUCAUUUUCUGCCUAUCAUAUGGACUUCCUUUAACAUUUCUUGUAGUGCAAGUCUUCUGGUUAUGGUCUUUUAGCUUCUGUGCAUCUGAAAAAAAUAUAUUAUCUUGAGUUUUGAAAGAUAUUAUUUGCUGGGUAUAGAAUUCUAGGUUUUUAGCUUUUUGUUCUGUACUUCAAAGAUGUUGGUCUGCUGUCUUUUUCUUGCACGAUUUCUCAGAAGAAAUUUGUCAUCUCUUGUUUCUCCAUAUAUAGCAUGUGUUUCCCCCACUGGCUGCUGUUAAGAUUUUGCUUAUCACUGGUUUUUAGUAAUUGUAUUAUGAAAUAUCUUGGUGUAGUUUUCUUCAUGUUUCUGGUGUUUAGGUUCAUUGAGCUUGUCAGAUCUGUGGGUUUAUAAUUUUCAUCAAAUUUUGAAAAUACCAGUCAUAUUUCUUCAACUGUCUUUUCUGAUACCCUUCCCCAAACCCUUCUUUCUCCUCUCCAACUACAAGUAUAUUAGGCUGCUUAAAGGUUUGCCAUAGCUUAUUGAUUCUCUUUUCUUUUUUAUUUAAAAACUUUUUUUUAUUUUUAGAGAGAAAAACUUUUUUAUUUUGAGAGAGAGUGUGCAUGAGCACGUGCAAGCUGGGGACUGGGGCAAAGGGAAAGGGAGAGAGAAUACCAAGCAGGCUCAAUGCCCAGCAUGGAGCCUGACACAGAGCUCGGUUCCAUGACCUUGGGAUCAUGACCUGAGCCUAAGUCAAGAGUCAGACACUCAACCAAUUGAGCCACCUAGGCACCCCCUUUUCUUUUUAAAUCCUUUUUCUCUAUAUAAUUCAUCUUGGAAAUUUCAUAUUGUGUGUCUUCAGGUUCACUAACGCUUUCUUCUACAAUGUCUAUUCUUCUGUUAAUCCCAUCUAGUGUAUUUUUCACCUUAGAGACUGCUUGCUUUUUUUAAAUUUUUAAUGUUUUAUUUUUAAAGGGGAGAGAGACAGGGUGUGAGUGGGAGACGGGCAGAGAGAGAGAGGAAGACACAGAAUCCAAAGUAGACUCCAGGCUCUGAGCUGUCAGCACAGUGCCUGACGCGGGCCUCAAACUCACAAGCUGUGAAAUCAUGACAUGAGCCGAAGUCAGAUGCUCAACCGACAGAGCCACCCAGGUGCCCCUAGAGAUUGUUAUUUUCAUCUCUGAAAGUCAGAUGUAGAAAAUUUUUAUAACUUCCUUGUCUCUACUUAAUUUUUUCAAUAUAUUACCAUAAAAUAACUGUUUUAAUGUUCUUGUCUGCUAAUUCUAACAUCUGUGUCAGUGAUUGGUUAGUUUUAGUGAUGGAUUUUUCUCUUAGGUGUGGGUCAUAUUUUUGUUUCUUGACAUGCCUUGUAGUAUCUGAUUUAAUGGCAGAUGUUGUGAAUUUCAAUUUAUUGGGUGCUGAAUAUUUUUGUAUUUCUAUAAACAUCUGAAUUUUUAUUUGAGAUGCAGUUAAAUUACUUUAAAAUAGUUAGAUCCUUUUGGAUCUUUUAUUUUUUGGCAGCACCAAAGCAGCAUUUAAUCUAGGGCUAAUUACUCUCCAGUACUACGGCAAUGCUUCCAAGUACUCUACCUCAUUGAAUUGGGAGGUUUCUAGUUGGCCUGAUAUGAAUAGCCACUAUUCCUGGCCCUCUGCGAAUGCCCAGUACUUUUCCUUCUAAUGCUGAGACGGUUUGUUCUUUUCUUGACCUUGGGUGCAGGUAUGCACUGAUCAGCACUAUUGAAUUAUCAAGGAAGACCCUCCGCAGAUCUCUGGGAUUCUCUAUGUUGUUAUCUUAUCUCCCAUAUCUGAGUUGUGAACUCUAGCUGUCUUGUUUUUCUUGGACUUAGAGCUCCUGCAGUUCCUCUUUUAUUGCCAUGGCCUGUAAGUCCUCUGAAGAUAAUAAGCUGGGGCAAAUCUUGUUCCUUUUCCAUCUCUGAGGCAUCAUUCUCCUUCAUUGCCUAAUAUCCAGUAUCUUGAAAACUGUUGUUUUAUAUAUUUUGUCUAGCUCCUUUUUGUUGUUGUUGGUGGUGGUGGUGGUGGUCAGGUGGGAGAGUAAAUAUGGUCCUUGUUACCAUAUCUUGGCUGGAUUCAGAAUUUCCCCAAGGCUCUAAUCUUCAUAGUCACUUCACAUUUUGAGAAGAGGAAGAGAAACAUUCUGAGAGUCUAUAACCAGUUGCCUCUGGUACAACCAGUCUGUAAAAUGAAGUGUGACUGUUGUUUAAUCUGCCUACUUAAUACUUAUUAAACACCCAAAAUAUUAUAAAGGUUUGUUGUGAAUAGUGAUUUAUAGAUUGUUUGGGCCAGACUUCAGAGCUCUGGGGCUUCCUUUAAACAUGCCAGUGACAUUUUCAAAACACAGGGGCCAUUGAUAGAUUGCAAAUCAGUUUUCACUCUUACUGGGUAGUCAUUCUGAAAAUUGGUUCUGCUUCUACUUUUGUCAUCUGGGUAAGGUUGCAAUUGAGGCAAAUUUACUCUCUAAAGAUAUUAGUACUAUGUAGGACCCCCUAAAAUAGGCAAUUUACUGUGAUUUCAGGGUUUAUUUCUGGGACACUAAAUACCUUUCUAGUCCAACUCCAAGCAGUGCAAUGUGAUUCUUGUUUAUCUUAUUCUUAAAAAUUUAUUUGAAAUUGAAGGGGAAGCUCCUGCAAUCAUAUUUGCAUGGAAAGAAAAGAUCAGCAUUUUAAUUAAAGCAAAGAGAGGACUUAAGAAAGCUGAAAAUAAUCAUAGACUAAUGAAUAUAUUUUUAAGCACUUACUAUGGGUAUAGCAUUUUUUUCAGCAAUGCGGUGACAAAAGAAUGUGUUAGCUACUUUUCAUCUUUAUGUACCUCUGUGAAUGUCAUAGAUUUAGUCUUAAAAACAAGUCUUAUUUAAUAGUAACUUAUCCCCCCACUUUUUAAAAGUAAUCUCUAUGCCCAAAGUGAGACUUGGAAAUCUUGAACUCAAGACCCCAACCAAGAUCAAGAGUCACAUGCUCUACUGACAGCCAGGCAAAUGCCCCUGUUCCCCCCACCCCCCCCCUUUUUUUUAAGUUUAUUUAUUUAUUUUGAGAGAGAAGGAGAGAAUCUAACGCAGGCUCUUCAUUGUCAGAGCAGAGCCUGAUGGGGGGCUCAAACUUGCAAACUGUGCGAUCAGGACCUGAGCUGAAGUUGAAUGCUUAACCAACUGAGCCACCCAGGUGCCCCUGUUUUCCCUUUUUUAAAAUCAGUCACAUGUAACUGCCCAUCAAAGCUUUGGUUAACAUGAAGUAAUUGGUGUUAUUUCAGUGUCAUAUAAUUUCAGAUAAAAACAGAGAAUCUUGGGAUGCUUGGCUGGCUCAGUCAAGGAAGCAUGUGACUCUUGAUCUCAGGAUUGUGAGUUUGAACCCCAGAUUGGGUGUAGAGAUUACUUAAAACCUAAAAAAAAAAAAUUAAGUAAAAAACAGAAUCGUGCUGGUAUAGGUGACUUGAAUAGCCUAUAUAAUUUCUUUCAGGUCUUUUGAGAUACUGAAAAUAGCUUUUUCUUCUUUAAUUUACUGGGACCUAGGGUGAUCCAGUAAGUAGCUUACAGUUUAGUUUUGGAGAUAAAUAACAGAAAAAACAAGGUAGGACUGUUAAGUGCCACAUUUGAGCGGCAUAGAUCCUAAGUGUUAUAGGAUUUUAUUGUGUAGAAAGGUACCUGAGCUGAGCUAUCACAAUCUGGACAGGUAGCUAAGACUGAGAAGUAUUCUGAGGUGGGAGGCAGUGGAUAUAAAUGUUCAGUGGCCAGAAUGUUGGCUGUAUGUUGUGGAUAUUGUACAGUGAGAGACUCUUCUAUCAGAGAGUAGUUGGAGAUGAGGUAGGAAAAAUAGGUGAGGGUCAGAUCUAAGAUCUUGAGUUCUUUGAAUUUGUACUUUAUACAGAGAUGGCAGUGAAAAUGAGAAGGGUCAUUGAAGAGACUCUGUAAUAGAGAAAGCCAAGAACCUGGUGACCAAAUGUGAGGAUUGAGAGGGAAGAGUAGAGGUUUUGAGCUAAGAGUUAUUAUUAUUACAAAUAGAAAAGUCAUAAGAGAGAGCUUAAAUGAAGUGAUGCCAAAGAUCCCUGGGGCUUUUUCUAAAAAUUCCCAAUUUCUCUGUGUGGCUCCUGACUGGAUAGCACUUUCCCUAUGGUCCUUUGCCCUCAAUUGUUGAGCCUGGCAGGAUGAAAUCAAGCUUGGAAGGGCAUUUCCAGGUCAUGAAGUCACCUGGCAUAAUUUUUCAUUUUACAGAUAAGCAAAUCAAAGGCUUCAGAUAUUGUGACUUCCCUUAAGACCACACAGCUAGGCUGGUUUCUUGCUACUGUUUUCUGAAAUUCCUUCAGCAAAUACUGUUGGUGAAGUGAGCCUUGUGUUUUCCCACCAUAAUUCAAUUAGUGUUUGACAUGAUUCGCAAACAGUUUUUCCACCUUCAAAAAUCAAAUAUAUUAAUAAAGUAUCUCCUUCUUAGUGGUCUGAUUUUUUCCUUUAUCCAUACAUGUAGUAGCAAACUUCGUAGCAGCAUACUAUGGGCAUUAAUGCCAAACUCGUUUUGAGUGUAAUGAGUCUGCUCUCAUGAAAAGUGCCUGAGCGUUUGAGAAGGAAUGAUUAACAUUAAUUUAAGUCUGGAGCUAUUCUUACUGAGAGUCCUUUCUAGAAUUUUUUAAAUGAACGAGAUGUGGACGGAGAUCAGUAAAGGAUUUGGUUCCUUUCUUUGCUUCUCUAAACGCUAUUCCUUAUUCAUGCAUGGAACCCUAAAUUCGCAUGUGACUCCUAACCUGCAGGAGAAUGAGAUUAGCUCAUUAGCUAAUAGAGCUGAAAAAAUGAACUCUUCUGCUUUAAGAUGUCUCACCCAGUACUACACCUCAGCUGGAACCUGGGAAGAGCGCCUUCUCUUUCGCCUCCCAAACCUCUUUCCUUAUCUUAGCCCGUGGCUCUCUCCCUUCCCCCUUCCCCCUUCCCUCCGCCUGCAUCGCGCAUUUCCUUGCUUGGGGUCAUGCACCCCAGGCUCCCCCUCCUGUAUUUAUUUAGGGCCGCGAGGCUGCAUCCAGCUUGCAGCUGCGCUGCGGUCCACCGCCUCCUAAAGCCCGGGGCGGAGCUGAGUGAGCAUUAGCCCCGCCCUCAGUUGUGGGCGGGGCCAGCGGCCGAGAAGGUUCCGUUUAUUUGUGUGGGCGGGGCCUCCUGCGGGGGGCGGAACUAGGAGGUAGGGCCAAGGCGGGGAGGGUGGCUGGCCCAGCUGGGGGCGAGAGGCGCGGCGCCGAGGCUCGUAGAUUGUGGCGCAGCUGUGGUGGCGUUUCCCACUCGCUAUGCGUCGGGCGAGGAUCUCCGAAGGUUGCAUGAUGGAAUUUGAAUAUUACCUCAAGAGGUUUUAUGCUUUGGAUUAGCUAACAGUGUUUGUCCUCUGCUGACUAUUUCUCGGUGACACUAUUUUUGGUGUCCAUUUGAGGCAAUAAACCCAAAGGGAUUAUACCAUGGACUACAAGGAAAGCUGCCCCAGUGUAAGCAUUCCCAGCUCAGAUGAACACAGAGAGAAAAAGAAGAGGUUUACUGUUUAUAAAGUUUUGGUCUCAGUGGGCAGGAGUGAGUGGUUUGUCUUCAGGAGAUAUGCAGAGUUUGAUAAACUUUACAAUACUUUAAAGAAACAAUUUCCUGCUAUGGCCCUGAAGAUUCCUGCCAAGAGAAUAUUUGGUGAUAACUUUGACCCAGAUUUUAUUAAACAAAGAAGAGCAGGACUGAAUGAAUUCAUUCAGAACUUAGUUAGAUAUCCAGAACUUUACAACCAUCCAGAUGUCAGAGCAUUCCUUCAAAUGGACAGCCCAAAACAUCAGUCAGAUCCAUCCGAAGAUGAGGAUGAAAGAAGCACUCAGAAGCUACACUCUACCUCACAGAACAUCAACCUGGGACCAUCUGGAAAUCCUCAUGCUAAACCAACAGACUUUGAUUUCUUAAAAGUUAUUGGAAAAGGCAGCUUUGGCAAGGUUCUUCUUGCAAAACGGAAACUGGAUGGAAAAUUUUAUGCUGUCAAAGUGUUACAGAAAAAAAUAGUUCUCAACAGAAAAGAGCAAAAACAUAUCAUGGCUGAACGUAAUGUGCUUUUGAAAAAUGUGAAACAUCCAUUUUUGGUUGGAUUACAUUAUUCUUUCCAAACAACUGAAAAGCUUUAUUUUGUUCUGGAUUUUGUUAAUGGAGGGGAGCUAUUUUUCCACUUACAGAGAGAACGGUCCUUUCCCGAACACAGAGCUAGGUUUUAUGCUGCUGAAAUUGCCAGUGCAUUGGGUUACUUGCACUCCAUCAAAAUAGUGUACAGGGACUUGAAACCAGAAAAUAUUCUUCUGGAUUCAGUAGGACAUGUUGUCUUAACAGAUUUUGGGCUUUGUAAAGAAGGAAUUGCUAUUUCUGACACGACAACAACAUUUUGUGGGACACCAGAGUACCUUGCUCCUGAAGUAAUCAGAAAACAGCCCUAUGACAAUACUGUAGAUUGGUGGUGCCUUGGUGCUGUUCUCUAUGAAAUGCUGUAUGGAUUGCCUCCUUUUUAUUGCCGAGAUGUAGCUGAAAUGUAUGACAAUAUUCUUCACAAGCCCCUAAGUUUGAGGCCAGGAGUGAGCCUCACAGCCUGGUCCAUUCUGGAAGAACUCCUAGAGAAAGACAGGCAAAAUCGACUCGGUGCCAAAGAAGACUUUCUUGAAAUUCAGAAUCAUCCUUUUUUUGAAUCACUCAGCUGGACUGAUCUUGUACAAAAGAAGAUUCCACCACCAUUUAAUCCUAAUGUGGCGGGACCAGAUGAUAUCAGGAACUUUGAUGCAGCAUUUACAGAAGAAACAGUUCCGUAUUCUGUGUGUGUGUCUUCUGACUAUUCUAUAGUGAAUGCCAGUGUACUGGAGGCAGAUGAUGCAUUUGUCGGUUUCUCUUAUGCACCUCCUUCAGAAGAUUUAUUUUUGUGAACAGUUUGCCAUCCAGAAACCAUUGAGGCGAAUACAAGCCUACAGAUGAGACUGAAACUCCUGUUUGUGUGAAUAUAUUCAAAUCUGUUUAACUAGUGCCUCAUUUUUACAUGUAAUGUUAAAUAUGAAAAAUGUAUUUUCUGCUGUAUGCAAGAAAAUAGGGCAUUUCAAAGAGCUAAGUUUUGGAUUAAAAUUUGUAUUAUUGUUUACUAGCUUAUUUUUAAACAAAUUUUAAAAGCUAUUGUUCUCAGCAUUAACCUAUUUUUAAAGAAAACUUUUUGCUAAUGACUGUUUUUCCCCCUCAGUUUACACUAACAUCUACCCAAGACAGACUAUUUUGCAACAGCCUAUUUCAGUUCAGUUAACAUAAAUUAAUGCCUUUGUAACUCUCUAUUUUGACCUUUGUUCUCAGAUCAGAACUAUGCAAUUGGUAUGUGGUUAAGAAGAAAUCACAUCUUUCCAUGAGAAGUCGUUGGUUGACAUAAUCAGUUCUUCGUAGGAUUAAAAUGUAAAAGCAUAGUUAACACAUGGGCUGUGAGUUAACACUUGGAGUAAGUGUUCAUUCUGCAGAUCAAAUUAAGAAAUAACAAGGAGAUCCUUUACUUUUGAAAUACCAAUUCAAAUUUGCCAAUUUUUUUUUUCUGUAAGAAAAGUAAAAGCUUAAUAGUUAGAAGGUUUAAAUAUUCCCAAAGAUCUGAAGGGUAAUAAAAUACUACUGGAUUUUUUUUUAGGUGGUGCCAAAAAUGAAUGUCUCUGUGUCAUGUAUUUAUAUUACAAAUACAUUCUAUUUAUGUUCUUUCUGGUCUUUUGAUGUUAUUGAUAAGUAGGCCUAAAUCUCAGUAUUUGCUUUUGCAGACAGCUGUGUAAAACUGUUUUUCUAAUUGGUUAAUAAGUGAAAAAUAUUGAGCUUUCUGGAGUUUUUACCUAAUUGGGAAUUAAAAAACAGAAUAGCAAAUUCUAGGUCAGUGUAAAUAUAUAUAUUUUGCUACAAUGUAACAAGUUAAAAAUAAUUCCAGCAGAUGCAAUGACAGUAUCUUACUUGUCUUACGAAAAGUACAGGAAACUGACCUUAAAAUCAUACUAAAAACCAACUAACUGUGGACUUGUCACUAUGAAGAGAAUACAGAAAAACUAAAAAGAGUGCUUGUCUUGGAAUUCUGCUUCUUAGAGUAGAGAUUCUUCAAGUCAUGUAGGAAACAUUGUGAAAGUUUCGAGACCAACUUUAAAAGCUUAAGGAACAAGCAUUCUUUCCAUGUAUUUCCUCUUGAGAAAAAAAUCACAGAAGCAUUUCACACCAAUACCCUUUGGCUUAAAAAUGUUCAUCAGAAUGGGGUGGGGGAGUGUGCUUUUGUUAGAUUAAUAAUAUUUGCAUCCAAUACACUGAAUCUUACUUUAGAGGUAAGACUUUAAUAGGGACACUGUAAAUAUUUGGUUUAUUUGGCACUACUGUAAGUUCUGCUUUUACACAAAGCUCUUUGCUUAUUAUAAAGCAAAAUAAAAACUGUAAUCUCCUGUAUGAUUUAUUUUUUACUCAGCUACUCCUUAAUUAAACUGCCAAAAAUUAAAGUGCAAUAUUGUAUAUUUUUAAGAACAAAUUUAAAAUAUUAUGCUGAUGUUUAUUGGAUACAAGAAAUACAACUCUUACAGUAAAAUAAAACUAGCAAAAAGAUUAAUAAUCCUCUAAUUCCUGUCAUUAUUUUAAAUUAAAUUGGUGAUGGUUUAUAAAAGUCAUUACAAAAAUGAUUUGUAUAUGUGAAGAAUAAAAGUAUAAAACUUAAAUAUUUGGACACACAUAAAAAUUAGAUUAUAUGGAUUAUCAUAGGCUGACAUAUUUAAUAUUCAGGGAACAAAACCUCUUCCAAGUUUCAAGUUUAUUUUUUCUUUCAUAGCAUGCUAAGUCUUUUAGAAAAGAAGUGUGUGCCCUUUGAAUAGUUGAACCAUUUCAUGGCUAUUACCAAAAUAAACUCAGAGGUCUAAAUGAAGACUGCCUAACAUUCUUCAUGUUAUCCAUACCUCUUAUUUUAUUGCAUAUGGUACAGUGUAGAGCUUCCCAGCCAUUGUUACAUUACAGCACACACUGAAAAUUACAAAUUUUUGGCAUACCUGAGGAGAGGUGCUAAAUGAUGCAGGUACUGGCAAGCAGGUUCUCUGUUCAAGAUUUUUAAAUUCCAAAAUAAUUUCUGAACUUAAGAUAUUUACAGAGAGAGCCAACAAACACUGUUUGGAUUUAAUUUUAGCAAUGGUGAACAUUUAAAAGGUGGUUUAAAUAUUUGAAAGAUUUAUUGUAAAAUUUUAUCACUAUAAAAACCAUUACCAGUGUCUUUUAGCAUACUUGUUAACUAGUAAUUAUCCAUAGGCAUAAUAUUACAAAACUUUACAUAUUUUAUGAGUCAUUCUUUUGUACAUCAUACACUAUGUGAAAAACAGGAGUGAGAAUUACAGGAACGUUUUUGGUGAUGUUUGACUUUUUUCAAUAAAGUGUUUUGAAAUUAAUAA